AUGUCUUUUACAAAAGCAGAGAAAGAUCUCCAUUUGCCUUUAUCUCGAGUUAAAACUAUUAUGAAAAGUUCUCCAGAAGUUGACGCAGUGGGGCCUGAACCUUUAUAUUUAGUCACAAAAGUAACAGAAUUGUUUGUUAUAGACUUAGCCAAAAGAGCGUACAAAAAUACUAAAGGCAAUAUGUUGGAGUACAAACAUAUCGCGGAAGUAGUACAAGAAGAUGACACAUUAGAUUUUCUGCGAGAAAUAAUGCCAAGGAAGAUAACAGUAAGGCAGUAUAAAGAACUAAUGGCCCGAAAAGCAGCAAGAGGUGAUCGAUCUGAUGAUGAGUCUAGUGAGGAGUCAAGUGAAGGAGAGAGCAGUGAGGAAAGUUCAAGUGGUGUUGAAAUUAUAGAGUGA